AUCGUUUUCCAAAUAGUCCUCCUGCCUGCGGCAGCUCACGAACACAAUGGUCCUCUUCUUCACAUCCACUGCGGCCGAUCCGCCAGCAAUAGUUUACAUGGGCAAGGACAAAGUCGAGAACGAAGAUCUGAUUAAAUAUGCUUGGCCUCAGGAUGUCUGGUUCCACGUCGACAAAUUGUCUUCAGCGCAUGUCUAUCUUCGCAUGCCACCAACCAUGACCUGGGACAAUAUUCCUCAGGCGCUUUUGACCGAUUGUGCGCAGCUAGUAAAAGCUAAUUCGAUCGAAGGAAAUAAGAAAGACAACCUCACCAUUAUUUAUACUCUGGGAAGUAACCUCAAGAAAUCCGGAGACAUGGCUGUCGGUCAGGUGUCAUUUCACAGUGACAAACAAGUCAAAAGAGGUUUUCAAAAUCCUUAUCCACCCUUUUUUGUUGCUAAUACCCCCUCAGUUCACAUCCAAAAGAGAGAAAAUAUGAUCGUAAACCGCCUCAACAAGACAAAAGUCGAGAAGGUCGUAGAUCAUGAGCAAGAGCGCGUAGACCGCAUCAAGAAAGAGAACGCAGAGAAGAGAGCUACAGCUGCUCAAAACAAAAAAGCUGAAGCAGAGCUGACCAAGGCUAGAGAAGCGGAGAAGGCUGCCCGCUCGUACGAUUUAUUAUUCCAAGUCGAGGAGGAUCCUGAUGUACCGAAGCUUACCGGAAAAGCUAUCGAAGAGGACUUCAUGUGAUCGUAUAAACCUGAUUCAUGUGACUGUCAAUGAUUUUUUGCUCUCUGUCUUGAGUCCGUCUUAUACCCGUAUGGACUUGUAUCAGGCAAAUUGCCUCCUGUAAUAUCGGUAAUCGGAUAGUUUUGAGUCCUCCUUUCC